AUGGACUCCGGCGCGAAGCUCGAGGCCACUGACUCGCAGCCCAGCGCGGACGGCGCGCAGAAGGCUCGAAGGAAGGGCAAGAAGGAUCUCCUGGUCGAGGGCUCGAAAAAGCGGCGAUGCAUAUCAAGUGCAUGUGUGCCCUGCAGGAAGCGCAAGUCAAAGUGUGACGGCUCAAUUCCAUCCUGUUCUGCAUGCGCCGCUGUAUAUAACACCGUGUGCGUGUACGACCCGAACUCGGACCACCGGCGAAAAGGCGUGUACAAGAAGGACAUUGACAAUCUCAAGACCCGGAACUCGACCCUCCAGACCCUCGUCCAAGCAAUUCUAAACUACCCCAAAGAUGAAGUCGCUGCGUUGGUGCAGCAGAUUCGGACGUGCGAGAGCCUCGACUCUGUUGCCGAAGCCAUAAUCGCGAAGGAAAAUGGAAUGGAUGAGGACGAGGAUGAAGCCGUGUCGCCGUACAGCGAUGCCUCAGCAUUUGCGCAAACGUUUGAGUCGAAGUUGUCCGGCAAGAUGGGCGAACUGCGGUUGGAGGACGGCUCAACACGCUACAUUGGGGGGACCUCCAAUCUGAUAUACCUUGGAGCUGGAUCGGACUCCGACGAGGAUUCUGAGUCGAACGUAGAGCAAUAUAUGCAACAGGAGAACCCAAUAACGUCGUGGACGACCGUCACAUCGGACCCGGGCUUGAUUGUACACCUUAUGAACAUGUAUUUUUGCUGGCAUUAUACUUUCUUUACUACGUUAUCAAAGAGCCUCUUUUACCGCGACUUCUUACUUGGGAAACCUCCUCCAAACUCGCGCCGGAAAACUGAAUACUGUACUCCUCUCCUUGUAAAUGCGAUGUUAGCUCUGGGAUGCCAUUUCACGUCCUGGCCCGGAUCGCGAGCUAUUCGGGAUGACUCGGCUACUGCGGGUGACCACUUCUUUAAAGAAGCUAAGAGAUUGAUCUUGGUAGACGAUCUUCAUGAAGUGCCGAAGCUGACUACGGUACAAGCACUUGCUCUCAUGUCUGUUCGUGAAGCUGGCUGUGGCCGAGAAGCCAAGGGCUGGGUAUACAGUGGAAUGAGCUUCAGAAUGGCCUGUGACCUUGGACUCAAUCUCGAUUCUGGUGGAAUGUAUCAUGACAAGAACGCAGCUUUAGACGAGACGGAGGAAGAUGCGCGUCGAAUCACGUUUUGGGGAUGUUUCUUGUUCGACAAGUGCUGGUCAAACUAUCUCGGACGACUCCCCCAGCUGCCGACCUCGAUAAUAACAGUACCUAAAUUCGAGGUUUUCCCCAUGGAGGAAGCUGAUCUUUGGUCUGCAUACACCGACUCAGGCUUCAGCCAAGCACAUACGCAGCCAUCAAGAACUCGCGCUGUAGCUCGCCAAAUCUCUGCCCUCUGCGAGAUUAGUAAUGACCUGAUAAACUUCUUCUACAACCCCAUCGACAUGGAUAAAGCGAAGGGUAAGCAAUCUGAGCUGAAGAAGCUGAGUGAGAUUCAUCAAAGACUGGAAACAUGGAGAAGAGAGCUUCCCAACGAACUCGAACCCAAGGAAGGGGGAUUGCCGAGUAUGUUGGUGAUGCACAUGUUCUUUCAAUUACUAUACAUUCAUCUGUUCCGGCCUUUCCUCAAGUACAACCAAGCUACUUCACCGCUACCAGCUCACGUCUCUCCACGUAAACUAUGCACCCAGGCCGCAGCUAUGAUCUCUAAGCUACUCCGACUCUACAAACGAUCCCACGGCUUGAGGCAAAUCUGCAACGUAGCAGUCUACAUCGCCCACAGCGCCUGCACAAUCCACCUUCUCAACCUCCCCGAAAAGAACGCCAAACGCGACAUCAUCCACGGGGUCAAGCACCUCGAAGAGAUCGCCGAAGGCUGGCUCUGCGCCCGCCGAACCCUCGGCAUCCUCAGCGUGCUCGUCCGCAAAUGGAAAGUCGACCUCCCCGAAGAAGCCGCCGCCGUCCUCUCCCGAACCGACGCCAAGUUUGGCCCCUACGGCGACGUCACUCCCAAGGUCCCAGCCCGCAAGCUCGAUCCCGUAUCGUCGCCGCCGCCGCCCCAGUACGCCAUUCCCCCCAUCCAAAACACAACCCCUUUCUUCCCCGCCGACCCCAACAUCGCCACCGCCAUCUCCUCAGAAGCGCUCCGCAGCACCUCGGAAUCAUACUCCCUUCCCCCUAGCUCAGCAGCCGACCUCCAGUUCCCCCGCGCGCAGCGCUAUCCCACAGGCACGCCGGCCGCACAGCCCGCGCGCCAGUCGCUCGACAGCAGCACGACCUCGUCGGGCGCGUCGCCGAGCCAGCUCUUCGGCGGCGGCGUCGACGCGCUGAUCAGCGACGGCCAGGACUGGUGGCUGCGCGACCAGUCGCAGCUCGCGCUGGGGUUCGACAACUGGAACCUCAGCGACGCGGAUAUCGCGUGGCUGAACACGACGACGGCGGCCGUGAGCCCGAGCAAUGGGCAUACGGCGAAUGGGAAUGGGAAUGGGUAUGGUGGGGUGCUGAAUUUGUAUAAUGAGAAUGACUGGUAUCAAUGA